AUGACCUCAAGUGUCGCACCGACUACUCACGACCCUGCUGGACCUUCAUCCGAUACCAGCAGCGCCUACACGAGGUUACAUAUCACUCCUUUGGACCAGGACCUCUUGAAGAUUGUCGUCCCGUCCUCGGCCCUGCCAAACGCCCGCAAUAUAUCAUUUCACACGAUCGAGACCUUUCCAGAGAAGCGCUACGGCUUUGUCGACCUUCCCGAGACGGACGCCGAAAAGCUCAAGAAGAGACUCAACGGUGCCGUGCUGAAGGGCGUCAAGAUGCGCAUCGAAAAGGCCCGUCCCCUCGAGGAAUACACUCCCGUUCCCGAAGACGAAGAGACGGGAAAGAAGCGGAAGAAGAAGUCCAGGGACAAAGAGGAGAGGAAGCGGCAGAAGCGCGACGACAACGUUGUCGAGGGUGUUCAGCUGCACGAUCGCAAGGUCAAGCGAGGAUGGACCGUCCCCGAGGAGGCCAAGAUAAGGGAGAAGAAGAGCAAGAAGGACAAGGAAAAGAAAGAUAAGAAAGACAAGACCAAAAAGCGUGAGGAACGGUCCAAGUACACCGAAAAGGAGGAGUGCUUGCUCAAGACCAAGCUGCCCGCGAAGCAGCUUCCGGCGACGACCGAGGCCGAGGACGAACCCGAACGCAAGAAGCGCAAGAAGAGGUCCAAAGAGGUCAUCAUCCACGAGUUCGAGAAGACGACAAAGUUCCCCACCUUUCUCAAGGCCGCCAAACCUGCGCCCGUUGAGUCGCUCACCACCGAGUAUGUCGAAGGCAAAGGAUGGGUAGACGCCCAGGGAAACGUCAUCGAGCCGCCCAAGACGAGGAGAACGGCGACGGCGCCCGUCCCCGAGUCCAAAGCACCCAAGGCGUCGAAGAAGGCCAAGGCCCCUCCGCCGCCUCCGCCGCCUCAGGAUGAAGAUGACACAAGCAGCAGCGGCACGUCAUCCGAUGACGAUACCUCCUCAGACGAGGGCUCGGACAAUGAGCCGGAGCAGGUCAAGGCGUCGCCAGUGACACCUGCAAAGCAGACGCCGAGGCCGCCGCGUACAGAGGACGAUACUACCAGCAGCAGCGGCUCUUCGCCGGCCGACACUAGCUCCGAAGAUGGUUCAGACGACGAAGAAAUGACCGAUGCUGCAAAGCCUUCUGAGCCAUCCGUUUUCGAAACCCCUCUGCCUGCCAUCAGGGCCGCCGAUGCAUCGCGGCCCAUAUCCGCUGGCUCCAACGUCAGUCUUACUAUCAAGAUACCCCCACCCUCCACCCCGUCGCAGGUGCACCCUCUCGAGGCCCUCUACAAACGCCCGAAGCAGGGUGAUGACGGGAACCCUCAAGCCGCCAAAAAGCCCGAGCCUUUCAGCUUUUUCAGCGGUGGUGCCAAUAACGUCGACUUGGAGGACGAGGGAGACGUUGCGGCGGCUGGCCAGCUGCCCAUGACCCCCUUCACUGCAGAGGAGUUUGAGUGGCGCAACGUUAGAAGCGCGGCACCCACGCCCGACACGGCGCACCCGAACCAUAUGAAGCCGUUUUGGGCCAUUGGUGCCGAGGGCGAUGACGAGGAGGACGACGAGGAGACGCGGGAGGAGAUCGAGGCGACGCUGAAUGCGGAGCGGAACGCCGAGGCCGAGAGCGGCGGCGCGGCGGCGGGACCCGGCGGCGAUUUCCAGAAGUGGUUCUGGGACAACCGCAAGAACCUCAACCAGUCGUGGAUGAAGCGCCGGAAAACGGCCGCCAAGGAGAGGCGGCACCGGGACAACAAGUCCCGCGCCUCCAAGGCCGUGUAG